AUACCGAAACCAUUCCAAGUCGAACUUCGAGAGAAGUACAACGUUGCCAAGUGCCUUGUUUUCAAAAAGUUUACGUUUUUAUAAAAGUUUUUUGUGAAGAUGACGAAUCCCGUUGUUAUAUGUCAAGAUAAUCAACCGAUUUCUCGCACUUUGCAAUAUCGUAAAGUGAUGAAGCCGAUGUUAGAAAGAAAAAGAAGAGCCAGAAUAAAUCGUUGUUUGGACGAACUUAAAGAUUUAAUGGUAUCCGCUUUAGCUACCGACGGCGAAAACGUUUCCAAAUUAGAAAAAGCCGAUAUAUUGGAAUUGACUGUUUCGCAUUUAAGAAAACUCAAAAAUCAACAACGUCUAUCUGCUAAUCCCAUCGUAGAAGCCGACAGAUUCCGUUGCGGAUAUACAACGUGUGCCAAAGAAGUCUCGAGAUGUUUAGCUUCUAUUCCAGGGGUAGAUAUACAUUUAGGUACUACAUUAAUGACUCAUUUGGGUCAAAAUUUGAAAGGGAUGGAUAAUUUGGAUUUACCUAAUGCGUAUACACCGCCAGCAUCGCCAGUUUAUGAGGAGAGUAUCCACUAUUCUUCGCCUCCAUCGCCUGCGUCGUCCUCAAGGAGUACGUCUAGCCCUGUUUAUACAGAGAAUAAUCCCGUUUGGAGACCUUGGUGAAAUUUUUUUUAAAUUUAAAAUUUAUUUUUGUAAAUUUUAUGCUCAUUUUUCAAAGCUUUAAUUAUUAUUGUAAGUAUCAUUAAAUUUUGUCUGUGAUAGUAGUAUUUGUAAUAAAUAUAAUUAUAGGUCUCGACGUCUUCCACUGAUUGAUUUUACGUAUCUGUACUUUUGAAUUUUAUCUUUGUAUCAGUUUAUGUUUUUGAACUAUUUUAUAUGACAAUAAAUGAAUUUUAUUCA